CAGAUUGCCACCAACUACGAACUUUCUGCUGGUGUGGAACGUUACGAGUAUCUGAAAAUGCUAAAGGGCGAAGAUCCAUGGGAGGAUCUACAGCCUAUUGUUCUUACCGAGGCUGGCACGAUAAAAAAGCCAAUUAUUGUGCGAGGUAUUGAUCCAGAGAGAUACGUUGGUUGUACAGGCUUCCCCGCCGACUCUCAUGAAGCCGUGUGGCUGACUGUUCGUCCACAUGGCGGUGUUGACCGUUGCCCACAUUGCGGAAACGUCUUCAAGGUAUUUUGA